AUGAAAGAUCGAAAAGAAGGAGUACAAGUGGAAUAUGUGACAUCUCGACUUAUUGUUGUCUCGUGUACUGCAGAAACCAGUGAACGAAAAUUUGUGGAAUCGUUGUUGACAGCUUCACAGCAAAUACAAAAAGCACAUAAUAAACAUAUCAAAGUCUGGAAUGUGUCUCAACGUCGUCAUGACAUCAGUUCCUCUCUGGAUGCAAUUGCCUUUGGAUGGCCUGCUGAAACUGCUCCACCACUUGAGAAAUUGUGCACAAUUUGCAAGAAUCUGGAUCAGUGGAUGCUCGAACAUCCUUUGAAUGUUGCUGUCAUCUUUUGCAAGGGCGGUCUUGAGAGAUGUGCAGUAGUCGUCAAUGCAUUCAUGCGAUACAAUGCGAUUUCUGCCACAGAUGAUUCUGUGGACGAUCGAUUCAGUAUGCAGAGGUUCUCUGAAAGAUUUCUCGGACCAGAUGGACCGCCCAGUUACAAAAGAUAUCUCGGUUACUUCUCUUCUCUACUAUCCGGUCGAAUAUCCGUCAAUGCGGAACCUCUAUUCCUUCACUAUAUAAUUCUCAAUUUCUUCGAACCAAUCAAUGUUUUUCUCAAAAUUUACGAGCGACUCGUCCCGGUUUAUCAGUCUCGUACAGUAACACUAAAAGAUGCCUCGAAAUUCGAAAUGGAUGGAAGUCUGAAACUACGUGGAGAUAUAUUUUUCAAGUGUAUUGUUGCAGCUUCAUCCCCUGGAUCCGCUACAAGAUGCCUUUUCACAUGUCAACUCAACACGUGUGCACUUGAAUUACAACCAAUUAAUUCAGAAGGGUACAGUGUCGUCCGGCUGCAUAAAGAAGAACUUGAUCUCAUUUUUAAUGACAAAAAGAUAGACAACCGAGUGACAGUUGAAUUGGUUGUAAGUCAUACAAGUGGUCCGACUACAAUCGCUUCGGCUGCUCUUCAAUCAGUCCAUUCCUUGCUGCCAAGGAACAACAGUUAUGAAACGUUUGAGGUGGCUCAAGACGACGAAACGAAUCGAUCGAGGUUAGAAGUGGAAUAUAGUGAGAUUCGUAAGAAAAAUAACAGCAAUAAAUCGAAUAAAAAGAAUCAAAUAAGCAAUAAUCAAGAAGAAGAAAUGCCGGUCGGACCGCCCGUCCCUCCGAAACCAUCGACUCCAAUUUUAAACGGAGAACGUCUUGGAGAAUAUGGAGUUGACAAUGUACCAGAGAGACGUGGCAUUCUUCCUGCUUCUCUCCGUGAGAAAAUCAAUCAAAAGAAGGAAUUGGAAGGACGUGCAACUCCAAGUAUUGAGCCAGAUCUAGUCGGAAGAGAUCGAUAUGAUAAAGCAUCUCGUUGUUUCUCGUAUGUUCCAGCCAAAUCAAUGCAUGAAGCAUUCGAACGUCCACGAAGAACAUCGUUCUCUCGUGCAAUUGAAAAAAGAGAAAACAGUGUUGAGAAUAUAAGUCACGAGGAAGUUGCAAGAAGUACAAUUCCACAGAGUUAUCAGCAACAAGAUAUAAAUACUCCCAUGAAAUGGGAUGAUCAAGUGGAAGAUGCAAAACAGGCGGCUCUUUUGGAAGAGUUGGCAAGAGCUCCAUCUGCAAUGCAGCAUAAUUAUUGGGGUGGAUCUGGAAGAGAUCAAGACGAAAUUGAUAAUGUUCAAGUGGUUGAACAAGCUCAGAGAGCGGUUAUUACACCCACUUCGACACUUCAGAGAAAACCAAAACCACCUGCGAGAUCUGGAAGUUAUCGAACAUUGAAUGAUGAUGCAUAUUGCAGUGAUAUGGAUGAACUCUGUGAUCCUGAGUAUUAUCUGAAUUUCAAUAGUAACACUGCACCAGUUCCACCGCCACGUCAUCAACAUGCUGGAACAAGAAGUGUACAAUUGCCAAGGAAGAAGAUGAACUUCGACGCUGUCACUGAUCCGCUCGACGAUGUUCUCGAAUCCACAAAACGAUUGGGAUCCGCUUAUUCAGUUGGAGAUGUUCGUCAGAAUGGGCAAGACUCACAACAGAAAAACAACGAUUUCAAUUUCUCGAAUACUUUGAACAACACUCCAACAGAUUAUAGACAACACUACCGUAAUCGCAACUGUCAAUCAGUGACAACUCCGAGGAAUAAUCAUUUUUCAUCUGCAAGAGAACAAGAAUCUGAUGCAGCCGACUCGUGGUUGAGUGGCAAAUUGAAGAAGGUUCGAAGCAAAAGAGAUAUUGAUCCGGAUAUUGUGCGACGUCGUACCCAAGAGAAAAUGCUUUUGGAAGAGUUGAAAGAUUCUGCUGCUAAUAAUGAUGAGAAUCAACAACAACUGCCCAACGGACACUAUCGUGGAGGAAAUCAGAAUGUUGAUCCAUUGGCUGAAUUCAGAAGAGAAGAAGAGAGAUUAAGGAAUACAAGAAGUCCAUAUGGAGAGGAAAGAUGGCGUGGUCGAAUGCGUGGAAAGCCUCCAACUCCUCCACCACGGGAAUCCAGUGCUUCUCCAGUCAACUCUCUGGCACGUGGAACUCCAUCAAGUCAUCUGGAGAAUUCACGUCAACGACAUAACCAAUCAGUUCCUCUUCCAAUGCACCAUCGACAAUUUGAUGAAGAUUUUGAUGUCAAUUCCCUUCUCAAUUUUUCGCAUGAUCCCCGUCAACAAUCGAACACUUUGGAACGUGGUGGAAGAAGUCUGUCACGUGGAGCAAGAAUUCAAGAUGCGUAUUAUGCAUCUCAACAAGAUUUAUCAGCAAACAACAGAUUCUAUUCGGGACAAGAAAGAGUUGCAGCAGCUAUUUACCGCGCAGAAACACCUCAUCGUGAUAUUUAUGCAAGUGGAACUAUCAACAGAGCAGAGACUCCAGGAAGAUAUUUCCCAGAAAACAGUGCUGUUCUCGAACGUUCAUCCACCCCAUCAUUCCCAGUGUCCCGUGCCACACCUCUUCCGUUCCAUCCAUUGUUGUAUAACAACGGUGAAAGAGAACGAGGUGUUGGAGGACCAAACGGUUAUAGUACGAUGAAUAACAGAUCCGCCUCACCAAGACACUUCGGUGGAUCAUCAACAUUAAGCAGGCGGUCAUCAGUCAAUUCUGUCGGUAGAACCCUUAGAGCCAAUCUUGAGAAAGAGUUGGCCAAUGCAUUGAACAAAGAUGACCCGAUGUUUGAUGAAUCGGUCGAAACUUGA